AUGAUCGCCUUACAGCCCAUCUUCCGAUGCUCUCGUGCUGUCAGACCCACCAAUGUGUCUCGACAAGGUGUUCUCACCCUUACUAGGGGGUUUGCUUCUUCCCUAAGAGUGUCCGAGGAGCUCCAUAAGACACCACUGUACGACUUUCACGUUGAGAACAAAGCUAAGAUGGUCCCCUUUGCUGGUUGGAGUAUGCCAUUGAGUUACGGUGAAGUAGGUCAGAUCACUGCACACAAGCACGUGAGAUCUUCCGCAGGUCUAUUCGACGUCUCUCACAUGCUUCAACACACUUUCACUGGACCGGGUUCCCAGGAAUUCCUUCUAUCGCUCUGUCCCUCAUCUCUGGAUAAGCUCAAACCAUUUAGUUCUACCCUGAGCGUAUUGUUGAAUGAAGAGGGUGGUAUAAUAGACGAUACAAUCAUUACGAAACAUUCCGACGAAUCGUUCUACGUCGUCACUAAUGCAGGUAGAUCCAAAGAAGACAAAGAGUGGAUACAAAAGAAAUUAAGUGAAUGGAAAGGUAACGAAGUCAAAUGGGAUACGUUGGAAGGUUGGGGUCUAGUCGCUUUACAAGGUCCAAAAGCAUCUGAUGUGAUCAAACAGAUCUUCCUGAAAGAGGGGAAAUUCGAUUUGGAUAGUAUCAAAUUUGGUCAGAGUGCUUUUGUUGAACUGGAUGGAGUCAAGUGUCAUGUGGCUAGAGGUGGUUAUACAGGUGAAGAUGGAUUUGAGAUCUCAAUCCCACCUGCCAAUGCCGUCGAACUCACAUCAAAAAUAACCAAACACCCCGAUGUCCAAUUAAUAGGUCUCGGAGCGAGAGAUUCCCUGCGAUUGGAAGCUGGUAUGUGUCUAUACGGACAUGACUUGGACGAAUCUGUCAGUCCUGUAGAAGCCGCAUUAAGCUGGGUUAUAGGUAAAGAUAGAAGAGCACAAGAUUCUCAACCCUCUUUCCCAGGAAGAUCGCGAAUAUUGUCUGAAUUAUCUUCUGGUCCAUCAAGACGAAGAGUCGGAUUUGAAAUUACCGGUUCACCAGCUAGAGAAGGAUGUAAAGUGUUUGAUUCUACGGGUACAACUCAACUUGGUGUAAUCACAUCUGGUAUACCAUCUCCUACAUUAGGUAAAAACAUAGCUAUGGGCUAUAUCGCCAACGGGUCACAUAAGAAGGGUACAUCAGUCAUGGUUGAAGUGAGAAAGAAAUUGAGAGAAGCGGUGGUAACUCCUAUGCCUUUCGUACCUACCAAAUACUUCAAGUAG